CGCGAGAGGGAGGCGGCGGCGAGAGGAGGCGGAGGAGCAGCAGGCGCCGCCAUGGCCGCGGCGCUCACCGACAUGGCCGACCUGGAGGAGCUCUCCCGCCUCAGCCCGCCGCCCCCCGGCAGCCCCGGGCCCGCGGCGCGCGGCCGGCCCGAGCCGCCGGACGACGAGGACGACGAGGACGACGACGAGGCGGAGGCGGAGGCGGUGGCCGCGCUGCUGCUGAACGGCGGGGCGGGCGGCGUUGGCGUUGGCGGCGGCGUUGGCGGCGGCGCGGGGGGCGGCGAGGCGGAGACCAUGUCGGAGCCGAGCCCCGAGAGCGCCAGCCAGGCGGGCGGGGACGAGGACGACGACGACGACGACGACGAGGACGGCGGCAGCAGCAGCGGCGGCGCCGAGGAGGAGAGCAGCGCCGAGAGCCUGGUGGGCAGCAGCAGCGGCGGCUGCAGCGGCGACGAGGCGCGCUCGCUGAGCCCGGGCGCGGCGAGCAGCAGCAGCGGCGAUGGGGACGGCAAGGAGGGCCUGGAGGAGCCCAAGGGGCCGCGGGGCGGCCCGGGCGGCCCGGGCGGCGGCGGCGGCAGCAGCAGCAGCAGCGUGGUGUCGAGCGGCGGCGACGAGGGCUACGGCACCGGGGGAGGCGGGAGCAGCGCGACCUCCGGGGGCCGGCGGGGCAGCCUGGAGAUGUCGUCGGACGGGGAGCCGCUGAGCCGCAUGGACUCGGAGGACAGCAUAAGCAGUACUCUAAUGGACGUAGACAGCACAAUUUCCAGUGGGCGUUCAACACCAGCAAUGAUGAAUGGACAAGGGAGCACUACUUCUUCAAGCAAACACAUUGCCUAUAAUUGUUGUUGGGACCAGUGCCAGGCGUGCUUCAACUCUAGCCCAGACCUGGCAGACCACAUCCGUUCCAUACACGUAGAUGGUCAGCGCGGAGGGGUGUUCGUUUGCUUGUGGAAAGGUUGUAAGGUGUAUAACACCCCAUCAACCAGUCAGAGCUGGUUGCAGCGGCACAUGCUGACACACAGUGGAGACAAACCUUUCAAGUGUGUAGUUGGUGGCUGCAAUGCCAGCUUUGCUUCUCAGGGAGGGCUAGCUCGCCAUGUACCCACACACUUCAGUCAGCAGAACUCCUCAAAAGUUUCUAGCCAGCCAAAGGCCAAAGAAGAAUCUCCUUCUAAAGCUGGGAUGAACAAGAGGAGGAAACUAAAGAACAAAAGACGGCGUUCAUUACCGCGACCACAUGAUUUCUUCGAUGCACAAACACUGGAUGCCAUAAGACAUCGAGCCAUAUGCUUUAACCUCUCGGCUCAUAUAGAAAGUUUAGGGAAAGGACACAGUGUUGUUUUCCAUAGUACUGUAAUAGCUAAGAGAAAGGAGGAAUCUGGAAAGAUAAAGCUUUUGCUUCAUUGGAUGCCUGAAGACAUUCUGCCAGAUGUGUGGGUGAAUGAAAGUGAACGACAUCAGUUAAAAACUAAAGUAGUUCAUUUAUCAAAGCUACCCAAAGAUACUGCCUUGCUGUUGGACCCAAACAUUUACAGAACAAUGCCGCAGAAGAGGUUGAAGAGAACUCUGAUAAGAAAAAUGUUCAAUUUGUAUUUAAGCAAACAGUGAACGACAUUUGCAAUCAACUAAAAUUCGUCUAUCGAAUUAGGUCUGAGAAUUACUGUUAAAGAGUGUUGCCGUAUGUCUGUUGGCUCCCUUUUCAGGACUAGGGUCUUUCAUGGGGUACAGUGUGUUAUAUUUACCUACAUAACUACUCUUGUCAAUGGUUUUUGAAAAAAACCUCAACUUCAAAAUAUUUGAAUAAUCUUCAUAUGUUCAUUUAACCUGUGACUUAAUUAAUUUUUUUCCUGAGGAAAGUGUUGGUUUUUGAAUUUUUUUCUUAAUGUAAAAAAAAAAAAAAAAAUGUAUUUUUUUUAAAGUAUCUUCAAACCGAAUCUUUUAUGCACCAAAGUUGGUUUUGAAAAGGAAAAUAAAAUCACUUUCUUGCUUGGCACGCAAGAAGCCAUAUGGAAUUUUUUUAACUUUACAGAAAUGGAAAUAUGUGUAACUUGUCAGUACUGUAUCAAACAAAUGUCGAAUAGAGAUAAUAGAGCGUUGCUUGUAAAUAAUUCAGCAGAUUUGUAAUAUAUUUUUCUAUUAUGAAAUGUACUGUAGAUGUUUUCUAGAGGCAUGAAAGUCAAUGUAUAUAUUAUGGUAGAAAUAAUAUUGACGGGAAUUGUAACUCACUAGUGCUGCCAGAGGGAUUGCUAACAAAGCACCUUUAACAAGAGAUGUCUUUGCAGACUGAAGGGACUGUGUACUACUGUUAAUGUCUAAGAACAAAGCAUGGGACGUCCUUCCAGAAACCGAGAUGGAAGUUCGGGCACUCACCUCUGACAGUGACUGAGGUGAUCGCCCCUCACUGUGCGUGGGGAGCACAUGGUAACACUGUACUGUGCAGUCAGACUGCAGGAAGAAAGCACUCCUCACCCACCAGUUCUUGCUUCCUACAAGGACAGGAAAACCAGCAGUUUUUAUACUCAUUUUUUUUUUUUUUUUUAAAAGAAAGGUAGACAAAAAUAUAAAAUUGGUUUGGUUUUAAACCAAUUUUGGUUUUAAAAUGGGAAAGGUUCCAUGAUGCAUAGAUCAUUUCUCAUUUGCUUAAAAAAGAAAAACCACACACACAAAAGUUAGUGAAAGUAUUUUAGGCUUGAACAGGGCAGGGGUAAAGUGGUAGACGGGACUGAGGAGCCCUGCUGGGGAGGACACUCUGGAACUCGUCUAACAUGCUCUGUAGCAAACGGGAGUCUAUUUUCAGAAGAAGAGAAGCAGUGUGUUCUUAACUGUUAUUUUUUCUUUUGCUUAAGCACUUCAUCAUUAGUUUUAUUCUCCAUCUGCGAAGUACUCUGCAAUCUCCUUUGUUCCUUUUAACUUUUGGUUUGUUAUAACAUUGCCAAAUAGAGGUGUUUCAGACAUAGAGUUUGUACCUGUAUUUUUAUUUUACUGUCUCAUGUUCUUGUAAGUCAUUCUCAAUUGACCGAUGAUUGUAGACUUUGCUUGAGUAUUUUUUCUAAUAAAACAAAGCAAAUCACAUUUA